AAUCCACAUGUAGCCAACUCAUGAAUAAAGCAUCUAUAAACCAUAUAACUUCUUGUCAAAAUUCAAGAAAUACAAUGUCUUUAGCAACCAUUUCUUUGCUUCUCCUCUUCUUUUCUGCUUCCAUUUCAGCAAAUGAGAAGCCCUCAGCCUAUGAAGAGUUACAGAACUAUGACUUCCCAAUUGGGAUUCUUCCAAAAGGGGUGACAGGCUAUGAAUUGAACACGAAAACGGGCGAAUUCUCGGCGUAUUUCAAUGGCUCAUGUAGGUUCAUGUUGAGUUCAUAUGAACUUAAUUACAAGCCUGUGAUAAAAGGAGUGAUAUCUAAAGGAAUUCUUAGGAAAUUGAGUGGUGUUAGUGUUAAGGUUGUAUUGAUAUGGCUUAACAUUGUGGAUGUUAGAAGGAAAGGUGAAAAUCUACAAUUUUCAGUUGGGAUUACUUCAGCAAAUUUUCCUAUUAGGAGUUUUGUGGAAUGCCCAAGUUGUGAAUGUGGAUUGGAUUUUAUUCAUGAAGAUGAGAGGAAGUUUAGGCAAAAGCUCCAUGUGUCUUCUUCGUAGAGUCUACUUGCGAUGUGUGCAAAAAUUUAUGUAACGGUGCCAGAUUAUUGUCACAACUCGUCUUGUAAACGAGCUUUAAUUCUGGAGAUAUGUGGUUCUAGAAUUAUACUUUCUAUACGAAAUUGAUAUCUACUUUGUAUUAUCUUUUGUGCCAUGCCACCAUAUUAUAAAAUAAAUGUGCAUAUAUUGUUUUUGCCA